AUGGAGCUCAACAUCAAGCGUACCACUGGCAUUGACUGGGUUGUGUUUGUAUGUGGCGCCAAUUGGCUCAACUCCGGCGUUCUCACCGUGUUGCUGCAGUUCGACACCAUCAGCCAGACCGGCGAGUACGGCUACUCCAUCCCGUACAUAUACCUCUUCUUAUUCGCCAUCGACAUCGUCUGUGCCGUAUGGGGCUUCUAUGCCGCGCGCGUGAACGACGUCAUCAGCGACAUAGUGGACAGUCCGGUCCUUUGUUUCAAGCACCAGGACACCUCAGCCACGUUUAUUGUGGGUUCGGCCUGGCUGUUGUCCGGGUAUGCGUCCAUGACCAUGGCCCUGGAUCUCGAGAACGCUGAGGAGUUGUAUGGUUCGGUGCACAUCCAGUGCAGGUACCUACUGCUGUUUUCGGCCUGGCUGCUAUUCAGCAGUUUCAGGCGCAACCACUUUAUGGACGUGUUGCUGUUCCUGUUAUCGUUUGCCGGUCUGUUCGCCUGGCUGGUAGCGUUCAUAGACGAGCCGAGACUAUUGUAUUGGCAGUAUGCGUCGUCUCUGCUAUAUAUCGUAGCCGGGCUGGUGGCUCUGGGCUGUGCUUGUAUGAUCUGCCACGACAACGCUCGUACGCGCAAACACCCAGUGAAGUGGUACUCAAUGGUGGGCAUUGCGUCGUAUCUGGGACUCGGGGGUUAUAUGGUGGCCCGUACGUUCACGUAG